AUGGAGGCUUUCUUGAAUGAAGAUGACAUUGCAUUUGAAUAUGAACUACAAAAGGAUCCUCAGAAUCUAACUGCUUGGAAACGAUAUCUGGAUCACUGGAAAUCACAAUUAAGAGACCCCAAUAAUAAAAACAGUAAGAGAACCGAAGAUCUUAUUGAAUGGUUAUACGAGAGAUUGCUAUUACAAUUUGUUGAUGAUGGAGAACUAUGGAUGGAGUAUAUAACUUGGCAAAAUGACAGAUUUAUGGCCAAUAAAUUUAAAUAUUCAAAAAUGACUCUCAUUUUCCAAAAAUGUUUAGACACAUGUCAAGAAAAGACUCCUACUGACAUAUAUUUUAUGUUCUUGGAUUUCGCUCUCGAACAAUAUGACCUGAAACUAAUUAGGGAAGUUUUUGAUAUUUCCAUUACUCGAUUGAAGAUACAAGAUCAAGGAACCUUAUGGGGGAAAAUAAUCGAAUUUAUUUAUGAAAAAUUUCUUCCCUUGACUUUUGCAGAUGAAGAGGAUGAAAAUGAUGUCGAGCAAGAUCAAUACGAUGAACUCCAACUUUUGAUUUAUAAAACUUUGUUUGCGACAGAUAAUGAGAUUACAAGUAAGAAUAAUGAAGAAACGGAUUUUGCUAAUGUAUGGGCUUCCCACUUUUUAAGAAGAUACAUUUUGGUAUGCCCACCGUCGGCGGUCGAGCAAGUAUUGCAGGCAUUGUAUAACACCAAAGAUUAUAACACUGCAAUUGAGAUAUAUAAACAAUCAAUGAGGGAGACAAAAGGGACUUCAACAUCAUAUCUGCCGACAAAAGGUUCAUCUUUUGAUAUAAAUUUAAAUUACCUGAAAAUGUUAGAAUCAUUAAAACUGGAAAAGGAGUAUGAGCUAUUCGCUGAAGAAUUGGAAAAGCAGUUUCCAACUGAGUGUCUAACUGUAACAAUAUUAAAGGCAAAGCAUUACAUUAAACAAGCGAAAUUUGAUCAAUUUGAGGAGCUCUUGCAAAAAUCGUUGAAAGCUACUUCAUCUGUUCACGAUUUUACGAUUCUUUAUAAUCUGCAUCUUAAUUUCGAGCAGGCUUUCUUGGAGACAAUUAUUAAUGAGUUAAAAGACAAUAAAACUUUACAGACUGAUCCCAAAUGGGAAGAGCUUUUAUCUUCUCAUUUUCAAAUCGCGCAAGAUCUAACUGUAAAUUACAAGUUGAAAAUGAAUAAUCUAAAGUUAAGACAGAAUCCGAAUAUGAUAUCAACAUGGAAUGAAAGAGUUGCAUUAUUUGAAGCAAAGAGUAAGAAAGUGGAAGUAUAUACCGAGGCUAUAAUGAAAAUUGACCCUCUGAAAGUAAUUACUCGAGGAGUAUUUGGGAAGCUUUGGGUAAGUUAUGCUCAGAUAUACUGGGAUAGUAAAAAUUAUGAUAGUGCAAGACAGAUAUAUGAAAGUGCACUGAAAGUCCCUUUCCCAUAUAUAGAAGACUUGGAAGAAAUAUGGACAACAUGGAUAAAUAAUGAACUAGAGUUAGAUGACGGUGUACAAAGAUGUCUUUUAUUAUUAGAUACUGCAUUAAUAGCUCCAGAUCAUCCUGAUGUGAUUAUAGAUAAAUUUAGAGCCAGUCAUGGGAAGGUCCCUGCACAAACAAUUGUUUUCAAUUCGUUAAAGUUAUGGUCAUUAAAAAUAGAUUUGUUAGAAAUGGUAAAUUCAACCUUUGAGAAUGAGAAGAUUUGGAAGGAUAAAAUCAUAGAGACAUAUGAGAGUGCAAUUAAACUGAAAAUUUUAUCGCCUAUGAUGUUUAUAAACUACGCCCAUUUUCUAAAAAACUGUGGAAGAACUUUGGAUAGCUAUCAGGUUUAUGAAAGGGCUGUUGCAAUAUUUACACCUGAAACGCAAAAUGAGAUUUGGAAUAUCUACCUGUCCGAAGUGGUUGAAAGUUCAAUAAUCUCUAAAGAACACAUAAGGGAACUGUUUGAUCAGUCACUACGACACUUAAUACAAGCAGGUGUUGACUGUAAAGCAUUGUUUAUCCUCUACAGUAAAUAUGAAGCUGAGAAAAAUGGCUUGAUUAAAAAAUCAGUGGACAUCUUAUUAGAUGGGGCCAAAAAUAAUGGUGAAGGUCGUACUUACUUAAAUAGUCGACUCACUUUAUGGGAUAUGUGCAUUUCUGAAGCAGAAUCUAAUUUCGGUAUUUCUGUCGCAAGAGAACUUUAUGAACAAGCUAUUACAGCGUUACCUAAUUCGAAAGUGAUUCCUUACAUCCUAAAGUUUGCACAUUUAGAAGCUAAAAGUAAAGAAGUUACAAGGGCAAGAGAAAUAAUGGAAUAUGGUGCAAAGUUGUUGCCACCAGUAGAAAAUACAGAUUUAUGGGAACAUUGGGACAAAUUUGAGCUAGAAUAUGGUAACAAAGAAACAUAUAAAAAUAUGUUGAGGUUAAAAAGGCAACUUGAGAACGAAAUGAAGAUAGAUACAGAGGAAGCAAGUCAUAAUGAUGGCAACGUUCAAUUCGUUACAGCAGCGGCUAGUGCAAAACAGCAAAAAACUAUGACUACUAGCAAUCCAGAAGAGAUAGAGCUUGAUUUAUAA